AUGGAUUUUGAUAGUCCGGAAGAAAAGGAGUUUCCAGGGCUUUAUGCCUCUGAAGCAAUAGAUUCCAAGUCCAAAAAGAGCAAAGAAGAAAGUGACUUUAGUGAAGGUGACCAUGACAAGCACAGCAAGAAAGAUCUGCUCAUAGGUCGACGAAAGGAUAAGAAAGAUAAGGGGAAAGAUCGUGGAUAUGCCGCUCUGGAAGGCGAAAGUUCGCCAGAGGAAGAAUUGGAUACAAAAAGCCCUUCAAAAUCGAAGAAGUCAAAAACUUUUAAAUUUACAAGCUCAAAAAGUAAGGAAAAGCGUGAAAAGUCGCGUGACAAGGAAAAAGAACCAAAAACGUUAGAUGAGGAGCCGCCUCAAAAGGCAAAAGAGAAGGAACGUGAAAAAGAGAAAGAUCGACACAAUGACGAAAAGGAUCAUAAAAAGAAAGAUAAGGAACGCAAAGAAAAGGACAAGAAGGACAAGUUCGAAAAGAAAGAUAAAAAAGAUAAAAAGAGCAAACAAUUGCAACAAGAGGACGGGAGCGAAGUUGAAGAAGUCUUAGCGCUUGGAUAUCCUAUUUUUGGUGUGUCGAUUAGUUUGGCCACAGAACGUUCCCGAUGCCAUGAUGGAAUCGAUUUGCCGCUGGUAGUGCGCGAUUGCAUCGACUUUCUGCAGCAGGAGCAAUCGCUCAAAUGUGAUCACAUUUACAAAGUGGAGCCCAUUAAAACGCGAUUGUUGCAUUACAAAAGAUUAUACAACAAUCGCGAUAAUGAUGCAUCUGUGGACGAUAUACCCACCGCCUGCAGUUUGCUAAAAUUAUUUCUGCGUGAGCUCCCGGAACCGGUCUUAACUACAGAUCUAGUAGCACGCUUUGAGGAGGUGGCUUCACAUCCCAAAGUCACCGACCAGCAGACAGAACUGGAGCAAUUACUAGAGCAGUUGCCCAAAUGCAAUCGCACUUUGUUAUCGUGGAUACUAUUGCAUUUUGACGCUGUCAUACAGCAGGAGCGUUACAACAAACUGAAUGCUCAAUCUCUAGCAAUGUUGCUCAGUCCGACGCUACAGAUGUCACACCGCCUAAUGGUCGUGCUAUUAUGCCACUGCACGAAUCUCUUUCCGGACGUAAAGCUGAUAAAAUAUGUUCCGCCACUUACGUCCAGCAGUCCUGGACUUCCAGACAAUCCGGAGGAUAUUAAGACAGAGCUACGCAAGCAGGACAGUCUGCUGACUCAGAUACACAGCGAAAUGAAUGCGGGCUUUAUUACCAAAAAGCGCGAGGAACAGCUUUGGGAGGUCCAGCGUAUCAUUACGCAGCUCAAACGGAAACUUCGAAGCUGUGAAAAGAAGCAAGAGAAGUCUAUUGAUGAACUAGAACACGCCACCUCUGCACCACCAGCUCCAGCACCAGCACCUCAGUCAGCAGUCCAACCAGCCGAACAGAAACCACCCACCACCAAUCAAUCAACUGUAUCUGCAGCCAUCGUUAGUGAGGAUACCAUUGACUCAAAGUCUGUGCCGACGCACACAGUCACAUCGCUCCAGCAGCAUGAUGAGACUAACAUUACAACUUCGCCACCACCGAUAGAAUACACCGUUGAUAAGCAAACAGGCUAUUUGCUAUUGUCAAAAUCUAAUCCUCAGCGUGAUGAUCUCUUGCGGCUGCAAAUAGAAUAUGAUGAAUUAAUGAAUUGGCAAAACGAGCUUAAAACUCGUAUUCUUGCCGAGCGCAACGAGAUCUUUCGCAUAAAACAAUUGUACGAGCAGGAACUAUUAAAAGCACAACCUGUUCCAACCAUAAGCCAGGAGCAGCUUCCGGCGGAGGGUGACUACGAACGAAUCAUUGAACAUUACACGCGAGAAAAUUCACUGCUUGAGCACAAAAAGCAAAUGCUGGGCAUGGAAAUCAAGGAGGAGCGACGUGCCUGCAUUGCCCUUCAAGUAGAGCUGCGAAUGCAGGAGUUUUAAUUUAUUUAAAUUUUUACUCAUACAUAUGUCUGUCGAACAAAACAAAUU